AUGGCCCUCAACAAAAUAGAGGCCGAAUUCUUGGUAUUUGAAGGCGGCGAUAUCUUUCAAGGCCAGGCAAUAGUAUCACAGCCGAUCGUCACCAUCGCCGCGGGAACGAUCGCAGUCAGUCCCAACACCACCUUCAACCUGAGCGAUGCCAACGCAGUGAGCCUCUUCAACGGGCUGAAUACUCGUGUUAUGCAGGCUUCGCACCUGCGCUGGUUAACGCAUUUGUUAUUCGGCAUUGUCACGUGGAUGAACAUUGGUACAUUCUAUCGGCUCCCUCAUCUUAGUGAGUGUCCUUUGUUAGAACUUCCUAAUCUGCGUAGGGUCUUGGUAGGGUUUGCCUAUCGCUGGCGGGAUGUCGCCAUGGUCGAAGGCCGAUACGCCGAUGUUGUUGAAGAAUUACGGGUAGAUGAUUCGGGAGAUGGGGCAGAAGUCACUGCAGUUACUGCAAGAUCGAUGAGGGAAAUUCACCCUAUUGUCGAGCUUACAGUUGUGACUGCAGUUCAGGCCACUCGGCCACUAAUGCAGGCACUUAGACAAGCCGGUAUAGAAGUUGCAUGGGGUGAAAUUCGCAGCGGCAUCACGAGGAGGAGAGAUCGCGUGUAG